UUGUCAUAUUUCAGGCAUAAUUAAGUCAUAAUGGCGGACGACGCGGCCAUCGUGCGCAAAUGCAGCAUAUUAGAGUCCAUGAUGGACAUGCUACAGUCACAUGCACAGGCCAUGAUAACAUGUUACUGGCUGACCUUAUCAACGACUGUACCCGUCACCGAGGAGACUGUCAUGGCCGCCUUGAGGCAGCUGUACAGGCGCGUGUCCAACCUGCGGCUGGUGUACCGGAGGCGCGAUGACGGCGAGACUUGCUUCGCCCAAAUGCCGGAGGAGCGGAUUGAUCUGCAGGUAAUUGACGCCAAUGCUGUGCAAGAAACCUUCAUCCAGCUCACCCGGACCAGCUUCAACGGGUCCGUCGGCCCCUUGUGGAGGGUGAGGAUAACCACAUCAACCCUUAAGGAUGAACAAGUCGAAUCACCAUGUCAAGGUCUGAAACCUGGUCCGUCUCGAUAUGAAAACCAUGUACUCUUUAGUCUUCAUCACGGGAUAACAGAUGGCUUCACCUCAAUCCGUCUCAUGGGACAUUUCAUGAACCUAUUAAACGCGGCGAUAGCGGGAAACUUAGUUGACACCCAUGAACAACUUGCAGACCUGGCGGAUGUUGAUCUCUACAGCCUAGAUAUCAUGGGUAAAGUGAUGUCCGAGAUGGCCGAUCCACAAGAAAAAAAGAAACUGGACAAAGAGUUCAAUGGCUUCGCUGAAGUAAAACCGGUGCUUCUGAAAGCCAUACCUGCACUCGGAGAGGUGGAGAACACAACCCUAAGCCUUCGCCAUGACUUCGAUGAGGCGUCGACCAAGAAGUUCCUGUCGCUGUGCAAGAGCAACGGCGUCUCGUGCCACUCCGGGUUCACCACCGUCCUCAAAGUCGCGUUGCUGGAACUGGUCCAGUCCCAUGGGCUGGAGCAGGAGGAGUACGAGAUGUUGAGUAUGCACACCAUCAAUGGAAGGAGGUACUGGGACAGCAAUAAAGUGGAUACGAAGCGACAAUACGGAGCUUGCAUAGUGAUGGGGCCCCUCUUGACGAAACUCCCUGGAAAUGCGAAGGAGCGUUUCUGGCUUCACGCCAAAGACUUGCAUGGAACUUUCCAGUCCAGUCUUGAUAAUCUGACACCCGUCAAGUAUUCGAUCUUCGCUUUUGUGGCUCCAGACGAGACAAAAGUGCCCGGGGACAUUACGAAAGUCGUUGACGAGAAAGCAGGCGUACUUGGAAACUCUGGACCAGACACUAGUGAUCCUAGCAGUGCUAGUCCUGAUGUCACUAGCGCGCCUAGUGGUACAGGCACAAGCCAAGGCAAGAUGCGGCCUUUGGCUUCGUUCGACACGACCAACAUGGGCGACGUCACCGACUUCCUGUCGGGAAAAUUCGCCAAGCAAAACGGAGAGCCAGCAAACGAGUACGCCGUCGUCAGCGACGUCACGCGGCUGACUUCGACUCACGCUCACAAAGGGAACAUUUGUUCGCAUGUCUUCCACACGUACAACGGCAGACUCAUGUACAGCCUGGCGUACAGCUUGAGAACAUCGCUGUUUCAUUCAAAGCCUCCUCCAUGA